AUGCGGAUGCUACCGCUAGCUAGUCGUAGAGCUGCUCCUUAUGCUGCUUCCAAUGAGGAUAUUGCUAUUGCAUUGAGUUUACCUGGGCUAGAAUCAUCAGAACUGGUCUCUGAAUUCUUGCUACUUGGAUUUGUGGUUGGCUGCCCUCUUGACCGGUUUCGUAGUCCCAAUCGUGAUGCUGUGCAAAUGAAGGUUUUUAUUGACGAGCUUUCUAAAACAGGAAAACUUGAAGGUGUUUGUUAUACAUAUUGGGAAGAAACCUUUACGUCAAAGAACGUGGAAUUGCUGUUACAACCUUUGACGUUGCAUCCAGUAGUAGCGAAGACAAUAAUGGACAAGUUUGCUGCUAUGGGGAUACUCCAGGGAUAUUUGGAUUAUGCCAACAAGAAGCAGAGAUCAGAGUCUUCUGAAUAGGACAUAUGCGAGAACUUUGGUGGCCUUUUUCAUUUUCAGAGGAUAGCUUGCAUGUAAAUUGCAAAUUGCGAUGGUAGAAACCCAGUGCCGUUACCACCUGCUGCUAAUGCACAAAGGGAUGAGUAGAUAUUUUAACGAGUUUUGGCAAUUUUUGGUUUGUACGUUGAGAGGAAAAGCACAGGAGGGUGUCAAAAGACUCUGUAACCAGUGGAAUGUAGCUUGACUCUCUCCCUCUCUCACAGAGGGUACACAAGACCAGAGUACACAAGACCGUCUAACAAGUGACUGAGUGAGAUUAAUCA